GCUCCCACCAGGGCAGGCCACUUCCGAGCACCAAAAGUCAAGGAAGACACCGAGCGGAACACGAACUAAUCUUGAAAGACAGCAACAAAAGCAACAAAAGUAACAACAACACGGCCCAACCCCGACCUAUCCCUAGAUUCUUCGCUUGUCACGCCCUGUCCACCUGCCGAUGACUGCUGCCAACCCCCUGCGAAGGCUCUAAUGUCGUCGCUCGCCUCUGGCGCAUUGGCCUCGCAUUCUCAUCGCAAACAACCGCCCUGGACCCGGCGCUGAGUGCAUCCGCGCCGCCCACAACCGAAAAUGUCGACUCGACCACACCCGCUCCGACAGUCCCAGACCGCCGACUACCCAGUCUUCCGUCAGCCCUCCACCACAUCGUCCUCGGCGUCCUCGGGAUACUCCUACAACUCCGAGGCAAGCCACACCAGCAUGUCGUCGGCCGGCACCGGCUACUAUGGCUCACUCAAUCAUGGCCGCACCAAGAGCGAGGUCGGCCGGCUGCCCUCCGCCUCAGCCACUUCACCGCAGCGGACGGGACCAGACAAUAUCUACAAAGACGCACGCCAGUCUCUCCGCCCUCUGCCCCAGGCGCCGGGCGCACUCGCCGCUGGCGAUCGCGUUCCCUCGUACCGCCACGACCGCGGCCAGAGCGUGGACAUCGGCAAGCUGAGUCUCAGAGACAGGGAAGGCUCAUAUUCUUUGCCAUCAACAUCGCCCACCCGCCAGUCCGCUUCUCCGCUGGUGGCAACAAACACAUCGCCAACACGCAUGUCACCAACCCCAUUGCAUUCAGCAAAUACGUCGCCUACGAGGCUAUCCCCCGUUCCGCUACCAUCACCAAGCACAUCACCAACGAGGAUGUCACAAUCCUACCUGCCUCCGGGAAAUACGUCACCAACCAGGACAUCGCCGACUAGGACGUCAACAGUCCGCCCCAACUCCAUGUUUCUCCCACGCGCAGAACCAGUUAACCAAGCAGAGAGCCUGGCCGUUGCACAUGCCCAUGGCCCCAGCUCGCCUCUCGCAUCCCACCACCCACACCCCGUGCAUCUACCCGCCCCCGACCUCGAGAGCCUUGGGCGAUCUUCCACCAACCAACUUCGCACACUGUCUAGGCUGGCACAAUCCGGGGAGGCCGAAGAGUUUGCCAUCACAACCCCUGCGCAGGAAGUGGUGGGGCUUCGAGGCCGCCGCAGGCUGCAGAGAGCAGACAAGGCGAGCGCUGGCCGUUUAGGUCAGCGCAACGGGGGAGGGUCGAGCUGGCAGAGCACCAACUGGAUGGACAAGCAGCGGCAGUUUUUGCAGGCGUACGAGUAUCUCUGCCACAUUGGCGAAGCCAAGGAGUGGAUCGAGGACGUUAUGAACAAGCCCAUCCCUCCCAUUAUCGAGCUGGAAGAGGCCCUGCGUGACGGCGUCACCCUCGCCGAGGUCGUGGAGUCCCUGAAUCCGGACAGGAGAUUCCGAAUAUUCCGCCACCCACGACUACAGUAUCGCCAUUCGGACAACAUCGCCAUCUUCUUUCGCUAUCUCGACGACGUCGAGCUGCCGGAUCUCUUCCGGUUCGAACUCAUCGAUCUUUACGAGAAGAAGAACAUUCCCAAAGUCAUCUACUGCAUCCACGCUCUCAGUUGGCUGUUGUACAGGAAAGGGAUCGUCGGCUUCCGCAUCGGGAACCUGAUUGGCCAGCUAGAAUUUGAGCACCAUGAGCUGGAAGCUAUGCAGAAGGGCCUAGAUAAGCUGGGGGCCAGCAUGCCCACGUUCAGCAAUAUGGGGGCUGAUUUUGGCGUCGAGCCGGCCCCUGAGCCGGAGGAGACCGAUGAAGAAAGGGUAGACCGGGAGCUGGCCGAGAACGAAGAGUCAAUUCUCGAACUGCAGGCACAGAUCCGCGGAGCUAUCCUUCGCAUCCGCCUCGGGAAGCUCAUGCAGCAGCUAUGGGACAAGGAGAACUGGAUCCUCGACCUCCAGUCCAGGAUCCGCGGCGACUGGACCCGCCAGAUCAUGGACUACCGCUUACAGAUGCGGCGCUUGGCCGUGGACUUUCAGAGCGCGGCCCGCGGCUUCCUGGUGCGUGCACGCAUGGCGCAGAGGGAGCACGACUGGAAGAAUGCGGAGCCGCAAGUGAUCAAGAUCCAGAGCCUUUUCCGCGCCCGCAAGGUUCGCAACGAGGUACGGGCUAUGAAAUCCGAGAUGCGUCGGGCAGAGGGACCGCUGCGCGCCAUCCAGGCGGCGAUGCGUGGUUUUCUCGUCCGUUCCGAAGUCUACAACCAGCUCCAGAAGACCGACGCCGCCGCAGACAUCGUGUCGGCCCUGCAGGCAGCUGCGCGUGGAAUGCUUGUGAGGAGCAGGGUCGUGGAGGAACGCAAAGCGCUUGGGGCAGAGACUGGGUCCAUCGUUGGUCUGCAGGCUGCUGCGCGCGCCAUGCUGGCCAGGAGCCAUAUCGCCCAACAGCGAGAGGCCCUCCUCCGCUUCUCGCCCCAGCUGGAGCAAAUUCAGGCCGCUUCUCGGGGGUUGCUAGUUAGAGAAAGCAUCCAAGCCCUCAAGGCCAACCUUCAGCAGCACCUGCCAGCCAUCGAGCGCCUGCAGGCGGCUUCGCGGGGAAUGCUGGUUAGAGAUGGCAUCCACAGUCUCAAGGCAGAACUUCAGCAGCACUCACCAGCUAUAGAACACCUGCAGGCGGCUGCCCGGGCUGGGGCCGUACGCCGCGAGCUAGCGCAGCUGCUUCAGGCCCUCGAAGAGACGGAGCCUCAAAUACUGGAGCUGCAGGGCCUGAUUCGCGGCACCCUCCUUCGCCAGAGAAUUGCGGCAGACUACCAGGCCCUCCAGGAACAAACCCCAGCGAUUCUCGACUUGCAGUCCCAGAUCCGGGGGAUGCUGUGCCGGAAGGUCCAGGGUGACCUCCUCGACGAGCUCAGCGCACACGAGGAUGCCGUGACUAAACUACAAGCCCAUGUCAGGGCUAUGCUGCUGCGCAACAACCUCGACACGCUCCUCGCGGAGCUCGAGGGAGAGGAGGCCAUGAUUGUGGGGCUCCAGGCGGCUGCCAGAGGCUUCCUGGUGCGCCAGACGUUCGCCGAGAAGAAGCGGCACUUCCAGGAGAACAUGUCCAAGGUCAUCAAGAUCCAGAGCUUUGUCCGUGCCAAGAUGCAAGGCGAGGCAUACAAGAGCCUGACCACUGGCAAGAGCCCGCCGGUCAGCGCCGUCAAGAACUUUGUCCACCUCCUGAACGACAGCGACUUUGACUUCAACGAGGAGGUCGAGUUUGAGCGGAUGCGCAAGACGGUGGUGCAGCAGGUGCGGCAGAACGAGAUGCUGGAGCAGUACAUCGACCAGCUAGACAUCAAGAUCGCGCUCCUCGUCAAGAACAAGAUUACGCUGGACGAGGUGGUGCGCCACCAGAGCAACUUUGGCGGCCACGCCAGCAGCCUGCUCGCCAACAGCUCCAUGGCUUCGACCAACCAGUUUGACCUCAAGGCUCUGAACAAGAACUCGCGCAAGAAGCUCGAGUCUUACCAGCAGCUGUUUUUCAACCUGCAGACGCAGCCCCAGUACCUGUCGCGGCUCUUCCGCCGCAUCCGCGAGCAGGCUAUGCCCGAGAAGGAGUGCAAGCGCACCGAGCACCUGAUGAUGGGCCUGUUCGGCUACGCGCAGAAGAGGAGAGAGGAGUACUACCUCCUGAAGCUCAUCGCCAGGUCCAUCCGCGAGGAGGUUGAGGGUACCCGGACGCUCAACGACUUCCUGCGUGGCAACUUCUUCUGGCCCAAGCUGCUUGGCAAUUACGCGCGCUCGCCUCGCGACCGCAAGUACCUGCGUGACCUCCUGGGGCCUCUGAUCCGUGACAACAUCGUCGAGGACCCGGCCUUGGACCUCGAGAGCGACCCUGUGCAGAUCUACCGAUCCGUCAUCAACAACGAGGAGCUUCGCACGGGCCGGCCAAGCCAGCGCCCGCUCGACGUUCCCCGCGAGGUGGCUAUCAAGGACGCCGAGACCAGGGAGCUGUUCAUAGACCACCUCCGCGAUCUGCGCGAGAUCUGCGACCAGUUCUUGCUGGCGCUCGAGGACCUGCUGCCCCGCCUCCCCUACGGGCUCAGGUACAUCUGCCGGCAAAUGUUUGAGGCGCUCUGCCAGCAGUUUAAGCGCGAGCCCCAGCACAUGCUGCUGCAGAUGGUUGGCAACUGGUUCUGGCGCUUCUACCUCCAACCGGCCCUUGUGGCGCCCGAGAACGUGGGUGUGGUCGAGACCAAGCUCAGCCCGCUGCAGAAGCGCAACCUGGGUGAGGUGGCCAAGGUGCUGAGCCAGGUUGCCUCGGGGCGCGCGUUCGGCGGAGAGAACAUCUACCUCCAGCCCCUCAACGCCUUCCUGGCCGACUCGGUCACGCGACUGACCCACAUUCUGGGCGACCUCGUCGCUGUGCCCGACGCCGAGGCCACGUUUGAUAUUGACGAGUUCAACGACCUGUACGCCAAGAACAGACCGACGCUCUACAUCAAGUUGAGCGACAUCUUCGCCAUCCACCACCUCGUGUCGUCGGAGCUUCCGGCCAUGUGCCCCAACCGCGACGACGUGCUGCGCGAGAUCAUGCACGAGCUUGGUAGUGCCAAAAACAACGAGAGCGAGAUGACAGCCACGGGCUCGUCCGACAUCCAGAUGUUUCUGACGCCCAAGCUGCACGAUGUUGAGGACCCGGACGCCGAGGUCAAGGCGCUCUUCAUGGAGACGAAGCGGUGCAUCCUGUACAUCAUCCGGGUGCAGACGGGCUCGACACUGCUCGAGAUCCUGGUCAAGCCCGUGACCCAGGAGGACGAGCACAAGUGGCUGGCGGUCCUCCACGACGACUUUGCCGACGACGGCGGCUCGCGGGGUGCCUACUCAGACGUCAAUAUGGUGGACGUAACGCGUAUGACAUACCUGGACCUGAAGCGCACCGCGCUCGAGAACGUGAUGCGUCUGGAGCACGCCGGCCGCAUCUCCAAGCACAACCACUACCAGGACAUCCUAAACGCCAUCGCUCUCGACAUCCGAACCAAGAGCAGGCGCCGGGUGCAGCGGCAGCGUGAGCUUGACGGCGUGCGGCAGACGCUUGGUAACCUCCACGAGAAGGCAAAGUACCUAGAGCAGCAGCGCAAGAGCUAUGACGACUACAUUGAGCAGGCCAUGGCGACGUUGCAGAAUAGAAAGGGCAAAAAACGCUUCCUCCUGCCCUUCACCAAGCAGUACAACCACCAACGCGAGUUGGAGCGCAGCGGGCGGGUGCCCAAGUUCGGCUCAUACAAGUACAGCGCGCGGGCCCUGAUGGACAAGGGCGUCCUCGUCACGUGGUCGGGCGUGACGGAGCGCGACCUGGAGAAGAUCAACCUGACCAUCUCGUGCGACGAGGUGGGCAUCUUCAACAUCGAGGGCUCGAGGGGCCACAUCCAGAUCCCGGGCGCCAGCGCCCUCGUGCCCAUCGAGGAUCUGCUGCAGGCCCAGUUCGAGUCGCACCAGUUCAUGAACCUCUUCGAGGGCAACCUGCGACUCAACGUCAACAUCCUGCUGCACCUGCUUUACAAGAAGUUUUACAGGACACAGUAAACGAUACCCCUCAUAGCGUGUGUCUCUUCGUCUUCCAUUUUCCGUUGUUUUCUUUGGGAAUCUCUUAUUUCUUUCCGAGGCGUGCUUGUCUGUUGCCACGGCAGGUAUUGCGGCGUCAUGUGUUUAUCACGUUUGGUGUUUAUAAGGAUGAAACCCCCCUGUCUGUUUUUGUGGCUGUCUUUUCUUUUCCUUUAUGUUUUGUUGUCAUGGCAUGAUGUCGGCAGUUGGUGGAGGGAUAACGGAGGGAGGGAAGGCAUUGGGUUGGGUCCAAGAUCACGAAGCACACACACUCACAAACACAGAUCAUCACCACACAUAAAAUCGGGGGUGGGGAAGCUGAUGGUACAAACUUUCACAUUAUUCAUGUUCAAGACCUUUUUUUUCUUGCUUCCUUUUCUAUCUUGUUUACUCACUUGACCGAACUACCCCUGUAGCCGUCGUCUCCUCAUUUUCUUGCUGCUUCUUUUCAGCAAAACACAACCAAUAUCUCGUCUUUUAGGACCCAGGAACGUCUCCUCAGUAGUGCUCUUUGGGCAUAGCAAACAUACCUAGGAGGUUCCCCCACCUACCUACCUAGCAACAACCUACGCCCAACACAUAUUGAUGUCGGGUAUAGCUGAAGGGGAGGGAGACUAGUUCCCGCGGGAGACAUCACAAGCACGAAAAGGUGACAUGUGCUCGCUGUGAGGUGUGGUAAUGGGGCAGGCGAGAGAGAGGACCAGGAUUUAUUUUAUUUCUCGUUUCGGUACGUUUGCUUGGCUGCCUAGAUAGAUAGUAGCUCAGGUAUAUUCCCUCGACAGGCAAUCACAUAUACCCUUCCGACUUGACUCGUUUGUAGCAUGAUUUUGGAAUUAGG